AUGCGGCCUUCCACCCCGCUAUCCGCGGACCUGCCCCCGCUGAUAAUGGGCACAGCGACAUUCAACUCGCAAUACAACGCAGACCCCUUCGCCCUCCCAACAACCGAACUAGUCCACCGCGCCCUCUCCCGCGGCGUCCGCGCCUUCGAUACAUCCCCCUACUACGGCCCCGCCGAAGAACUCCUUGGCCGCGCCCUAGCCACCGAUUUCGUCCAGACCAAUUUCCCCCGCGAGUCAUACCGACUCCUAACGAAAGUCGGGCGUAUCGCAGGCGAGUCCUUCGAUUACUCCCCAACCUGGAUCAGACACAGCGUGCGCCGCAGUCUGCGCCGUCUACACACAACAUAUCUCGACGUCGUAUACUGCCACGAUGUGGAAUUCGUGUCACCGGAAGAAGUCCUCGUCGCCAUAAGGGAAUUGCGCCGACUACGCGAUGAAGAGGGUCUUCUCCGAUACGUCGGUAUCUCAGGAUACCCCGUUGACGUGCUAAGCUCGCUGGCGGAAAUGAUUCUCCGGGAAACCGGCGAACCACUAGACAUCGUCAUGUCCUACGCAAACUACACCUUGCAAAAUACCCGGCUGCGCUCGCUAGCACUACCGCGACUCCUCGCUGCAGGCGUAGACGUCGUACCCAAUGCCUCCCCACUGGGAAUGGGUCUUCUCCGUCGAGACGGUGUCCCCAUCGGAUCAAUGGGCGAUUUCCACCCCGCGCCAGACGGUUUACGCACCGCCAUCCACGCCGCUGCGAACCGCACCGCACAAAGCGGCGAGAAACUCGAGGUCGUUGCGAUUCGGUUCGCGCUCGAGUCCUGGCUACGCGCUGGCGCGAAGGCGGGGGCCCUUGGUGCACCGCUUGCUCGGUCCGCGGAUGCGGAUCCGGGCUUUUUGUCUGUUGCUAAUAUGGGUACGGGGCGGAGACUUGGUGUUAGUGUGAUGGGUGUUAGUAAUAUUGCUGAGUUGGACGAGACGUUGCGCGUUUGGCAUAGUAUCUUGGAUGGACUGGAGAGUUGGGACGAGGAUGAUGAGGAAUCCGAGUUCGAUGUUGAGAAUCACUUGUUGGAAACUGGUCCGAGUACAGCGGAUGUGGAUAAGCCUCAGACCGACGGCGCUAUCGCUCCAUCUGCAAUCCUCACCCCCUCCGAAGGUCUCAUCACAGAUCGCGCAUGGUCUCAUACCCGCCGCACGAAAAUUCUGCACCUCGCCAAGGAAGUCCGUGACGUCCUUGGUGCGGAAUGGGUAGAUUAUGUCUGGGCCAGUCCACCACCAGAUUUCAAGAAUACCCUCUCAGACGAACAUCUCGCUGGAAUGAGGGUUUUCGAGGAUGAAGAAGCCGCGGGCAAGAUGCUAGCUUCGCCUGCAGAGUUUGUUCGGGAUGAGCGCAUGUUGACGCCGCCGCUAGAUGCGGAUGCACAGUUGGCGUAG